GAGCGCGGGCGGCCGCGGCCUUGGCCUCGUUGUCAGCGCGUGCGCGCCGAGUGCGCGAGUCCCCGAAACCCUGGCGGAGCGCAGCGCGAAUGGAGGCCUGAGGGCGGCGGGGGCGGGGCGCGCCGCGAGCGGGGGCCGUGGCCGCGGCGGGCGCCGUCUAGAGGAGGCCCGGCCGUCCGCCGCCACGCACUCGGGCGCGGGGAGACGCAGGCGGGUCAGACCGUGGGCCGCGGCGGCGAUGCAGCGACGGCGGCGCGCUCCGCCCGCGUCUCCGCCGGCCCAGGACGGCGGGCGCGGCGAGGAGGUGGAGGUGCAGUUCUCCGCCGGGCGUUUGGGCUCGCCCGCGCCUGCCGGGGCCCCCGCGCGCGCCACCGCCGAGGACGAGGAGCGGCUGGAGCGCGAGCACUUCUGGAAGGUCAUCAACGCGUUCCGCUACUACGGGACCAGUAUGCACGAACGAGUGAACCGAACAGAAAGACAGUUUCGAUCACUUCCAGAUAACCAGCAGAAACUGCUUCCUCAGUUUCCUCUCCACUUGGACAAGAUCCGGAAAUGCAUUGACCAUAAUCAGGAGAUACUGCUGACCAUUGUGAAUGAUUGCAUACAUAUGUUUGAAAAUAAAGAAUAUGGAGAAGAUGGCAAUGGAAAGAUUAUGCCAGCAUCUACAUUUGACAUGGAUAAAUUAAAGUCUACAUUGAAACAGUUUGUAAGAGAUUGGAGUGAAACUGGGAAAACAGAAAGGGAUGCCUGCUAUAAGCCAAUCAUAAAAGAAAUUAUAAAAAACUUUCCAAAAGAGAGAUGGGAUCCUUCUAAAGUAAAUAUUCUGGUACCUGGUGCUGGACUAGGAAGAUUGGCCUGGGAAAUAGCUAUGCUAGGUUAUGCUUGUCAAGGAAAUGAAUGGAGUUUUUUUAUGCUCUUUUCUUCCAACUUUGUACUCAACAGAUGUUCUGAAAUUAACAAAUAUAAACUUUAUCCCUGGAUCCAUCAGUUUAGCAAUAAUCGGAGAUCAGCUGAUCAGAUUCGACCCAUUUUUUUCCCUGAUGUUGACCCCCACAGUCUUCCUCCAGGUUCUAACUUUUCGAUGACAGCAGGAGACUUUCAGGAGAUUUACUCAGAAUGCAAUACCUGGGACUGUAUUGCCACCUGCUUCUUCAUAGAUACAGCUCACAAUGUAAUUGAUUAUAUUGAUACCAUAUGGAGAAUACUCAAGCCAGGUGGAAUUUGGAUAAACCUUGGUCCUCUACUGUACCAUUUUGAAAAUCUGGCCAAUGAACUGUCUAUAGAAUUGAGCUAUGAGGAUAUUAAAAAUGUUGUUCUUCAGUAUGGAUUCCAGCUGGAGGUGGAAAAAGAAUCUGUAUUGUCAACAUAUACUGUGAAUGAUCUCUCUAUGAUGAAAUACUACUAUGAAUGUGUUUUGUUUGUGGUCCGAAAACCACAGUAAUGGUCUUAAGUGAUAUUACCUAGAGAAAAGUUUUAAUAUGAACAAAUGCUGAAAUAAACAACUCACAGUCAACUAUCAGUGACAACAGGACACAACCUCAAAUCAGUGGUGCCUUCUUAUUCCUAACAAAAUUUAGAAAUAGUGUCUAUUUUCUUAAUAUCUAUUGCCUUUUUCAGAAAUAUACUAUACCAUGCAGAUUCAUACUGCACAAGAAAAAAAAAUGGAAAAAUAUCUCCCAUGCAGAUCUAUAAUGGAGGAAAUAUCUUCAAGUACUUUUUUCUUUGAAGCCCAGAAUUGUCUUUCUUUAAGAAAAUAAACCUAAACUCCAGUCUUCAUGAA